AUGGUCUCGAAGGGUAUUGCGGCAUGGACAGUACCUCCCGAGUACGCCAUCAUCCCAUCUCCGGAUGGCCACUUCUUCCAACAGUCGGACGGCACUCCAUUCUUCUGGCAGGCUGACACAGCAUGGCUUUUAUUUCAUCGGCUGAACUACUCCGAGUGUGAGACAUAUCUGUCGGAUCGAGCAAGCAAAGGCUUCAACAUGGUACUUGCCGUGGGCUUCACUCAGAUCGGGAUCGACAGUCCAAACCGCAAUGGAGAUCUCACAUUUAUUGACCUCGAUCCUACUAAGCCCAAUGAGCCGUAUUGGGCAUACAUUGAUUCUAUUGUCGAGUUAGCUUGGAGAAAGGGCAUUCGCAUCGCUAUGGUACCGGCGUGGGGCCAGUACAUUCACGGCAGCACAAACACAGGGUCGUAUAUUAACGAGACGACAGCCAAAGAUUUUGGCACAUUCAUUGGCCAGCGAUACCCAUACCUGCCAAAGCUUCUUGUUGCAGACACAAAUCCGUAUUGGACCAACAAGACCGCGGUCAAGGCAGACUACGCCGUCGGUGGUGUCCCUCAAGUAUACACAUACACGGACUGGGGCCCAAUCUAUGACGACCUUGCCUAUGGCAUUGUGAAUGGAGAGCGAACUGCUACAGGCAAGAAUGACUGGUGGCCAUUGAUGACCAUUCAUCCCACAAAUCAGUGGUUCUCUGGCGGCCCAAUCGCCCUUGCCAGCGCGUUCAUGGGAGACCGAGACUGGCUGACGUUUGAUGCCAGCCAAUCUGGUCAUGCUGACAUUAUUCCAAACGCACCAAUUCCAUGGUGGAAUGCCCGAAGGGGCUGGGAGCCAGUUGAACUAAUGUGGACAGUAGGAGAGACUACGCCAGGAAAGAAGCGACCUGCGCUCGACAACGAGGCUCAUUACGAGGCGAGAUAUAACAAUGGAAACAAAUCAUACUUCUACUGGAAUGCUAGCGAUGUGCGGAUUGGAAGCUGGCAAGCAGCAUUUUCCGGAGCUGCUGGUAUCACUUACGGAGCUGACAAUGUUAUGCAAAUGUAUAUACCUGGUCUCUUCGAUCCUGCAGGAAGUGGUCCUGCUCGCGCCUGGUCUGAGGACAUUGGCCUGCCUGGUGCGGCCCAGAUGCAAUAUAUUCAAAAAGCGAUUUUGGAUCGCGGCAACUCAAGUUAUUAUACAAGAAUUCCCGCCCAAGAGAUCAUCGUUGGCAAUGCCGGUAAGUCCACCCGUGUAUUCUCCUAG